UUACUUCCGGAAUGACUGUUACUAUGGAGACGGGACAAACGCUAUGCCAUCACAAGAAAGCUAAACUUAUUAUUGUUUCAGUGUGGCUAAACUUAGUUUAGGGUUCACUAAUUCACUCUUUUGCGUAUUUGACGUGAAGCGGGGAAAACAUUGUUUGGAGGGAGAGAAUGUCACAAAGGACAUAUAACGAACUUUGGGCUAAUGCCCAGUUAGAGUUGACCUGUCUGCUGACCGAGGAACUGUCUCCUGAAUCUCCUCGUCCACAAAAAGACAGAGUGGUGUUCUUCCAGCGUCUGGCCAUGCUUUAUGUGCGCUACCUCCAAGUCUUCAGACAGCUGGACAAAGUCUACGACCAGGUGGUCCACCCUCAGAAGAGAAGAGCUAUUCGGACCAUCCUCGAUGGUGUGAUUGGGAGGUUGUUAGAACUGAAGAAUGAAAUGGUGGAAAAAGAGUUUUCAGAGUAUCACUACAUGGAUGAUGUUCUUAGUGACUUGAAGCUAACCCCUGUGGACCUUGAGAUCCCCAUCCCUCGCUUUUUCAUCAGUGAAUGCAGUAAGGAACUCCAAGAACAACGGAUGAUGCUGACAAAUAUCCUUAAAAUAGCGGAGGUUACCAAAAGCCCAGAACCUCUAAUUACCAAGUACAUGACUCAAGAGGAGGCCAUUAAGAUCAUUCAAGUGGGGGAGAGGGCUCGCCAAGGAAGACUCAGGGCAAAACUGAAUGAAGCAAGCAGAAAUAUGAACAGGAUGUACACGAAAAAGGACUCUGGAACAGCUGGCACUGAGUGGGCUGCGGUUUGCAUUCAGAAGGUGUGGAGGGGUUACAUACAGAGGAAACGGGCGAGGAUUAUUCGGAAUGAAGAAAUAAUUUUUUUGGGAAUGGCCAUGCAUCCAAAAUACCAGGUGCCAUGUCCUGCAGAAAUCACUGCCCAGGCUAUUGAAGCCUCCACACGGCUUAAACAGGAGGAGUAUGAGGAGGAGUACCAAAAGUCCACUGUGGCUAUCACAAACCAACUCCGGGAUGUGGAGGGUCCGGACCUGAGCAAGACAAUGAAAGACCAAAUCCGUCAGUGGUUCCUUGAUUGCCGUGAUGCUACAGGAUCGUUUCCAGACUAUCCUGAUGAGGAGGACGGCGGCUCAGCUCAGAUCUUUGUAGAAAAGGACCCUCAGCAGCUAAAGGAAGAAAUCUCUGCAAAAGAAGCAGAGGAGUCAAACAACAAACCCAAAGGCAGAGAAGAAAAGAUGAAUGAUCUAGAGGAAGAGGAAGAGGCAGGGUUGAAAAUGCUACCUUCAGCUUUUCUGUCAGACUUGGAAAUGGCAAACAAAACCUUCGUAGAUUUUUGGCAAACUCGCAAUGAGUCCACAAACUUCAGCCAGAAGCAUGAGGUAGAACUGAUCAAGGAAGAGAAGAGGAAAGUCAUAGAGGCAGAGAUUCGAUUGCAGGUGGAUGAACAGAUGAGACAAGAGCUGGCUGAAUGGAAGUCAACCGUGGAUAAAGACAGAGGAGGUAAAGCCAAGGGAAAUGCCAAGAAAAAGAAAGCAUCGAAGAGCGUAAAGAAGAAGAAAAAGGAGAAAGAUCUGACAUCUGACAGGACUCUGGAGUCUCUGUGUCAGGAGCUGGUGGAACAGGGUUUGUUGAAACAAGCAAAUAAUGUGAGACUGCAGGAUUUUCUAGGUGACUACAGCUACCUUGGGACGACACUGAGGCAAAAUGACAUUGAGCCCAUGCCAUCGCUGUCAGAUGUGCGACAACUCUUAUCUCUAUUUGCGGUUUUACCAUUAGGCUCUCAGGUUGUGCAUGAGAAAGCACCCCUGAUAAAGGCCAUCCUGCUGGCAGGCCCGGCAGGCGUAGGGAAGAAGAUGUUGGUCCAUGCUAUCUGCCACGAGACAGGUGCCAACCUGUUUGAUCUGUCGUCUUUGAACACGGCAGGAAAGUAUCCAGGCAAGAGUGGGCUGGCCAUGAUGCUUCACAUGGUCUUUAAGGUUGCAAAGUUGCUGCAACCGUCGGUAAUAUGGAUUGAAGAUGCAGAGAAAAUGUUCUACAAGAAGGUUCCCAAGGAAGAAAAGGAGUUAGACCCUAAGCGGCUGAAGAAAGAUUUGCCCAAGUCUCUGAAGUUAAUCAAAGGGGAAGAUCGUGUUCUUAUAAUAGGAACAACUGACGAUCCAUUAAGUGCUGAUAUCAAGUCACUGUGUAAAAUGUACAAUAAAAUUAUCCUCAUCCCAAGACCUGAUUAUGGCUCCAGAUACAUCUUGUGGAACCAGCUCAUCAAAAAGGCGGGGGGCGAGGUGACCAAGGCCCUGGAUCUCAGCUCUCUUGCAAAGAUUUCUGACGGCUAUACUCCGGGAGACAUGGUCAAGGUGAUCCAGAGCGUCGUCACCAAGCGUCGCAUCCUGCAGCAGGCCAACAGGCCUCUGGUUGCUGCUGAGUUCGUUGUCCCGUUAGCCAAGAUCAAUCCUGUUUUUCAAGAGGAAGAAGAAGCUCUUAAAGACUGGUAUGCGAAGACCCCCCUGGGGAAGAAGAGGGUUAGAGCCUCCACAGGCAAAGCAGAAGAAGAGACACCAGAAAAGGGCAAAGACACAAAAAAGAAAGGGAAAAAAUAGUCACUGACAGCUGCUGUAAAACAUGUGCUGAACACGAAUUGGCAAAUUUUAAUAAAUGAAAACAAAAGUU